GGGCUCUGAAGACGCCCGCGAAAGGGAGGCCCUUGCUAGGCUCGGGGCGCCCCGAGAGGAUGCUGGAAGCUGGUUGGGGAGGGGGAAGGCGCUCGCUCGGAGAUUCCCUGACUUGGCGGCGGAGCUGCAGCCCGAGCCGAGCGGGCGGAGGCGGAGGAGGGGAGCGGAGCCAGGCAGCGCGCCUCCCUCUCCCGCCUCCCCGAGCCCGCGGCGCCCGGCAGCGGCUCCUGCAGCAUGUUGGGCAGGGUGCGCUCCGCGAUGGCGCAACUCGUCGGGGGCCUGGGGGGCGGAGGAAGCCCCUCGAGCCCGCCGCCCGCCUCGGCCUCCUCCGGCUCGGCGGCGGCAGCGCCUCCGCCCCCUCCGCCGCCCGCUGCCCCCGGGCCCAGCUCCAGCGCCACCGCCGCCAGCACCGGUCCCUGCCGGGAACCGCCCCGAAGCAGCUUCUCCAGACCGGCUUUCCUACAGCUCACGCCCGAGGAGCUUCUGCGGGCGGAUGACCACACGGGCCGAGCCGUCCAGAGCCCCCACGAGAGCGGCCGCCGCCUGCCUUGGAGCACCGGCUACGCCGAGUAGGAAAGGGCGAGCGAGAGGGGAGGGCAGGCGGGGAGAGGGCUGCUUCGCGGGACCGCUGGGAAGCAUAUCCCACCCAGAGAUUAUUAUUUUUAAGUGGGGGUGCGUGCUUGUGGGUCUUGUAGUUAUGUCUGUCUGUCUCUCGCUCUCUGCCCUCCCCAAUCUCGGGCGUGUAGCGGGUGGUAAAGUGUCUCUGAGCAUGUUCAGACAACUUUGGGAUUUAAAGAUAAGGGCUUUCAGAGCCAAGGCGAGCUUACGGUCUAUGUAUGGUUCGGAAAGCGAGCCUCCAGCUACAGGGGCAGUCUACCACUGAAUACCUGUUGGUGAGCGCGUGUUUUUUCUACCACAGUAGGGGCGCACGUGGUGCUUGCGGGCUUCCCGCAUGCAUCAAGAUGGUCCUUGUGGAAUACGGAUCCAGCACCAGAGCCCCUCCUAUAAUCUAAUCUUUAACGUCGAGGUAGAUUCCAGCCUUUCUUAAUCAUUCUAGCCAUAGCUCCCUUAAUAUGAGGGUGUCGAGAAGGGAGGGUGUAUUCACGUGUAGAUGAGGUAACGCGAUGAGACUCGGGCUCUUGCCUUUCCAAUCCGCUGAUCACUUGAUACUGGCCCUUUCCUCAAACGCGAUCAACCUCACCCCACAUUCCCCACCCUUCGUGUCUUCGUGCAGCUGCGCCGCCCACCCUCUUGCAAGUUAGCCUGGCGCGCCCCGCUCUCUGAGGACUUGUGAGCUCAGGUACGCGGUCAGGUGGAGAAGCCCCGUCGCGUAGCCAGUCAGCUGUCCAAGAUGCUUAACUCACCUUGGACGGUCUGAGGAUGCUUUGCGGCCGCUCAUGGAGAAGACGGGGCGGGGCUAUGGGGCUGGGAGUAGUUCUUUAAGCUAACCAAGCCUAGCAGGGUGCUCUGCGUCCGGUUUCGCAGAGGACAAUCUUCGUUUGGUGGGCAGUGAAGAAGAGAAAGAAGAUACAGAGGAGAAGGGAGGGUGUUUGAAGUUGCCCAUCACCAGGAGAGUAGACAGAGCAGGCAUACAGGUUAGCUCCUCGCUGUGCUUAAAUUGUAGCAAUUAUUUUUAAAGUUUGUGUUUAGUUAUAUGCAACAACACAUGCAAAUUUUCUGCAGUUUUUAUCCAGUAUGUUUCUUCUUUUUGGGUGAUGUGCAGGAGGGAAAACGUGGAACACUGCCUGUGUAUCUAUUUUCCGCUUCUGCUGUUAAAGGCAUAUUGAGACUGUUACCUGUUUACAUGCAACCUGAUCCUUAUGAGGAAGUGAGCUCAGCUGUGUACAGCAGAGCUUUCCAAACUGUGUCUCACGACACAUUAGUGUGUCAGCUGCAGUGUGUAAGUGUUGCACAAAUUCUCCCCACACUCCUCCCAGGGCUGGAAAGGUGUUAGUUUCACCCCCGGCUUGCUAGUCAAACUGAUUAACUGUAUCGUGAAAUGAAGCAUGUUUAAAAAGUGUGUCACCAACGUGAAAAGUUUGGAAAGCUCUGGUGCACAGUGACAUUUUUAUGUUCUAGGAACUGUGCAUAGGCUUGCUGUGGGAGAAUCUGUCUCUCUUGAAUGAUUUACAUUAGGUGCAGCUGAGAGUCCAGGAAAGGCUUGAGUUCCUUGCCGCCUUCUUUAAAGGUAAGGCAGGCAGGUGUUGGAUUAGUUGCUGGGAGAGGUCAGUGAUGCUAACAGACUGAGUCUCCUAACCUUCUUUUCUUCAGAAAGUUUGUAAAUGAUCAUUUCUUGCAACAACACCCACCCACCAAAAUUUGUCAUUACAAAUGGACAGUUCCUGUCUUUUUCUUCAGCUUUGUUCAUAAUAAAUACAAUAUAGAGAAGAUUAGUAUAGCUCGUGAGGGAGGAUGACCUUCGAAUUCAGGUAAUAUUCCAGAUUUUGUCAUAUACAAGAUGAUUAAACACUGAAAAUCAGGAUCUCUUGGGGUCAAGCCAUCAUGACUUUAAAAAUAAAGCUCUCCAUGUUCCACAGUCCCCAUCAAAUUACCAUCCCCACUUUGCUACUGUUAAAGGAAAAACAGACAUUUUAAAUGCAGUCUUGCAUUUAAUGUUAACCCACUUUGGGCUCUCAUGCACACCCACACAAGCAGCUCUCUUGUCCUUGCAGUUGGAAGAAAAAGCUUGAAAAUAUGGCUAAAUGUAUUUUUGGAGAGAAUCCAGAACAUACAAAAAUAGCAAACUACUUUAACAGAAAAUACACCCUCUGAUGUCUGGGGCUUGUGUGGGUGAAUUUUUAAUUUUUAUUCUCACUAAGCUCACCACACAUUAUUCUGAACAGGUUCCUGUGGAUAGAAAUUCAGCAGCUAAAGCUUUUAUGGGGUAUAGCGAGAUGCAGUGUUUAGGGAAAUUGGCAUCUAGCUGGUGAAAUACAGGCGUUUGGACAGACAAAGGUGCUCAUGCUUGUUUUAGCUGGGUCUCUUUUAAAAAAAAACAUAUAAUUCAUAAGGUUUAUAUUAUAAAACACUGAAACUGCAUAAAAGAGAGCUUUUAUUCCUUCUCUCUUUUAUUCUAUUUUUAUUCCUAUGUACAUUUCACAUAUCUACAUAAAAUUAUAGUUUCAGUUUCCAGUAAGUUAAACGGUCCACUUUUUGUAAAAGUGGAUGACUCCUUGCUGCUCUGUCCCUGACCUUAGCUUGCCUUUGUUUGCCAGGAAAACACAUCUUGGUUAUAAGAAGGUUACUAGGGCUCAGCCCUGAGAUAAUGAUACAGGUUCUAAAAAUAAUUAUCUAGAUAGGGGAGGUGCCCUUUGCUGAUCUGGUUUUCUUUUCUUUCUGAACUUUUUAUUUAGGGAAGGAGAGACCUUGACCAUUGUUGUCAAUUGAACACUUGGAUCUCUUUCCUCUGGAGAUGCUCCAUUAAAAUUACUGGUUACUCUCAAAGUUGCAGGUUGUGUUUAUGCAGUGAAUAUUUACUUAGAUAAAUGCUACUGAAUUCAGUAGGACUUAUUCUCAACUAAGCAUGCAUAGGAUCUCAGCCUGAGCCGUAAGUGCACUUAACUUGAAGGCUGGAUUGAAAUCUGCUUCAAAAUAAAAGUGUUUAAAACAGGGGUAUUUGGCUGUAAAUGGAAACAUAUUUGUAGCUGUGUGGAAACUGUCUGGGCGUUACCCUUUGCAGGAUUUGGAACUUCCUAGAUGAAAGUGGUAUAUAAAUGUAGAAAUCGUGCUCCGGUAGUGUGGCAGCAGCAGGAGGCCCCAUUAGCUAAAGUGGUACCUCAGGUUAAGAACAGUUUCAGGUUAAGAACUUAAUUCGUUCUGGAGGUCUGUUCUUAACCUGAAACUGUUCUUAACCUGAGGUACCACUUUAGCUAAUGGGGCCUCCUGCUGCUGCCACGCUGCCAGAGCACGAUUUCUGUUCUCAUCCUGAAACAAAGUUCUUAACCCAAGGUACUAUUUCUGGAUUAGCGGAGUCUGUAACCUGAAGCGUCUGUAACCUGAAGUGUAUGUAACCCGAGGUACCACUGUAACUGUUGUACAUCGCUUUGAGAUGCCUCAUGAGAAGCGAUUCAGAAAUAAAAUAAAUAAGAAGUAAACAAAUAACCAGGACUUGACUCAAGGCAUUUUGCUGCUUGAGGCAGAGGGCAAGGUGGCACAUCCCUCCAUUCUAUGCCCAAAACUGACUGGACUUCAACACUGGCAGUGGGAUGACUUCCUCCAGGGCACUUGAGGGCAGCAGGCUUGUUUAGGAUAUGUGUGAUAGGCCCGGGGAACAUUUAGGUCUAAUGUCAAACAGUGAGGAAUAGCCAGAGUGUUCUGGAGGAAUAGCUGGGUGUGGGAAGGCUGCCAUUGCUGCCCACAGCACCUGCCAUCUGGGAUUAGUGCCUCUCUCUGCACAUAACUGUCCAAUGGUGCCAUGGCCCUGCUCAAAAUGAGCCACCAUAAUCCACUAAUGCAUGUUUGUUUUACAUACUUCCAUCAUGCAUUGCUGGAGAAUGUAGAAAGUUAAGGUUCUUUUAAGGGUAGAAAUGUACCAAAGGACCACUUCAUAGGCAACAAAUUGUAAGAAACAGAAAUCUGGGUUUGAUUCCCUCUUUCUUAAGAAUCUUACCCAUAUAAUGAACAUGUUUAUUGCAAUUACGCUUUAUCAUUUGUAGAUGCACAUUUCUUUGUAAUGUCUGAAGCUGCCCACAAAUCUGUGAAGGCUGAGCUAAAACUCAUCACACUUGGGUGACAUUAUUUCUGAGAAGGAGUCUAGGUGUGCCAUGUAAGCUGCAGUCUAAACUAUGGCUACUCAGAAGUACGUCCCAUUAAAUGCAGUGGGAGCUGCUUGCAGAUAAGUGAGGUCAGGAUUGCAGCUGUAGUCUUUAUGAGAUAACAGUAAAUUGAAUCACAUGAUAUGUACCAAAUCACAGCACUGCCAAAUUUCAAGCAGCCUCUGCAGCAGUUUUUCUUGCUCUGGGAUCAGGGAGAAUUUUGUUCCAGUUCACAAUUGGAGAACUUGCUUAAUUCCCGCUUUCCCAAAACAAGACAUGAACUGAAACAGCCCUCUUUUGAAAUUCGCACUACUCCAAAUUUUACUCUGCAAGUUUGUCAGCCAAGUACGUGUACAAAAAUAUAUGUGCUAGUGCAACGUGUGCAUAAAAAUGCAUAUAUUGAUGAAAAAUAACAUACAAAAUGCAUCAUAUUAGGAGAAACAGUUUUGCAAGAUUUGACGUAUUUGCCCAUCCCUGCCCUUGACAGUGGCAAACAGCAGGGAACUCCCAGGAAAAGCUUUUCACAGCUUGGAAGUGAUCUAUCUCUUCAGGAGUUUGCUGUCUUGCAGUGGGGCCUGCACCAGCUGGCCCUGCUCCUGCCAUUGUGUUCCUGCCCCCUGCUCUCAUUGAGGGAAACUAUCCAAAUUCAUGCAGUACCUCCGUGGGCUGGCAUCCUAAUCACCUCAGUGGUAUAUAAUUUCCCAAUGUGUGGAGGCAAAGCCAGCCAGGAUAGACCCACUCUCCCCCUUACAUAAUUGAAAAGAACUAUUUUUGCCUGAUGAUUACAGCAGAUCCGCAGACCAGUUGAAAAGUUGACAACCCCACUAGUUGUAUGUCACGGACAAGCAGAUAUAUGACAAGUGAGCUGGAUUUAGCCUGCAGGCAAAGAACACACCACCAGGAUCUGUAUGGUGAUACCUGGAGCAGGUUCUGUGUGCUCCACUUCCUUCUCAUUUUCUGAGGUACUAUAUAUCUUCCAACUCUUCUUUCUGCUUCCUGCCUUUUCAGAAAAGCUUCAGGAGAAGGAGGUAUUGUCUUAAAAUAUAUUUAAACAGACAGGCUAUGGUCUGAAGGCACAUGAAACACAGACAGAGCAUCUUUGCUAAAAUGGGGGACUGAACUAUGUGGGACACCAUGUACAUUAGUUUGAUGGCAGGAUCAUGUAUGAUUUUCUUAAUUAUUUAUUUUUGCUUUCUGUGUGUGGUUGUUUAUUUGCAGUUUAAAACGAUGACACUUCUCCAGUUUGUUUGUACUUCCAGUUCUUUUAUGUGUUUAAAAAUACAUUGUUGCUUCAGAGGCACGUGGAGGGUUUUGCUAACCUCUUGGCUCUGGGAAAGUGUACGUGAGAGGAAGUUUGAGAGUUUUCAAGCUCUCAGACUCUGUUCAACCACACUCCUCAAACGUCAACCCAUUUUUGCUCUGCAAACAGAAUUUCUGCAUGCUCUUGUCCAGGGAACGUUUCCUGUUUCACAUUUCUACAACUUCCUCCCACAAAGAUGGGUUGUUGUGUUUUUGCAACUGACGUUAGUAUUGCCCUCAUUUCUGUAGCCAGCACAAGGAAAAACUAAGAGAUACCGCUUAACAACCGAUGGGAAAGGUGAGGGAUGAGGAUGAUUGCCAUUGGUGGCAAUCUCUUCUCUUUCACAGAGGGAGUAAACAACCAAGUGCUCUGAACUGAUCCAAGGUUUCCAGAGUGCCUGCAGUAAUAAAGAGCACUCAGGAAACAUCAGCCCCAGAUGAGAGCUCUUGGCUGCCUACUUUCCCCAUGGAGGAGGAAAGAAAUCUGCUACCAACAGGUUCUGCCCAAAUGGUUUCCCUCACUAUUACUUUAUUUUAUAUACUGGACUUCAUCAAAAGAGCUCAGGGAGGUUCACAAGGUAAAAAUACAAAAUAAAAGCACAAAUAAGUAGUUGAAACAGAAGCAACGAAACAAUAAUACCCCCUUCCCACAAACACAUUUAAAUGGCUGUAGAAUUUUAAUCAACCAAAGGCCUGAUCAAAGAGGAGUGUUCUCACCUGGCACCUAAAAUAUAUAUAAUGGAGGCACCAGACGAACCUCUCUGGGGAGAGCAUUCCAGAAACGGAGCCACUGCAGAAAAGGCCCAUUCUCCAGACUUCAUGUGGAGGAGGCACACAAAGAAGGGCCUUAGAUGAUGAACACAAAGUCCAGGACAGUAUAUAUGGGGAGAGACAAUCUUUCAGGUAUUGCGAUCCUGAGCCGUCACUAGACUCUGAGCUGUUUUUCUUUCCUCAAAGGACAAUGCUGCCACUGAUGCUGCUACCAACAUUUUUAGUGGCAGUGCUGGUGCAUGGGUCACUAGAAAUGGCUUAGUGGACCUGUUGAUGCCCACAGGCCACCAGUUCAACAAGCACUAAAGAAACCAGUGAAGUGGGAUAAAUGUACACACCACACAGUGCCAGGGCCAGGUCUUAGGCAAGGAGGAUUGCCCAGUCAGUAGACAGCAUAUUGUGCAAUGUGUGAAGCUGUGACUUCCAAAUAUGCCCUCUUUCAGAUUGUCUUCCACUUUCCUGGAAGAAUUGACAUGGCACUACAUCUUCAGCUUUGUAAAAAAAGCUCUUCUUCUUCUUCUUCUUCUUCUUCUUCUUCUUCUUCUUCUUCUUCUUCUUCUUCUUCGGUGACUACUUGUAGCUGAGUAAGAUUGUCUUCCAUGAGCACAGUCAUAACAGUGAGUCCAUAAGUGACUGUAGAGACCAAUUCUGGAUCCACACGUCCUUCCUCAGUGGGGACACCGGUUUCUGGGCCAGAGUGGGUUUGCCAAACGUGCGUUCCUCUUAGCUCGUUUCUCCUUUUUGCACUGAGUUUGUGCUUCUUCAAAGUCCAUGGCACCUUUGGUAAAGGCUGUUCUCCAGUUGGAGCGCUCGCAGGCCAGUGUUUCCCAGUUAUCAGUGCUUAUGUUACUUUUUUUAUAUUUGCUUUGAGAGCGGCUCGACGCAUGGGAAAAGGAAGUUCACUAAUCUAAUCAAACACUGCCUGAUUGAAUCUUUCUUUCUGCCCAGGGUGAUAAAUGCUGGCAAGAGCCAACACAACGAGGAUCAAGCGUGCUGUGAGGCAGUGUAUGUGGAAAAGAGACGGGCUGUGAGGAAUAACCCAGCCCCCAAGGAAACCUCUGGAGAUCUAGAAGGGGUGAGCAACACAAUGGCUAGAGUUCCUUCUAAAUGUUGGCUCUCAGUCCUAUAUCUACCUUCUCUAUCCUGGUUUGAGGAGAGGAGAAAGUGAUUCCAGUCACAGCUGAUGUAUUGACACAAGACGUUUGGAACUUCAGAAGUUCCCUUGAGAUUUGUUCCAUUCUCCCCUGGAGUAUUUAUUGUCAAUGUUGCUGUAAAAGGAAUGAGUGGCACAUGAAUUUGCCAUACGUCCCCUUCAAGCUUUUUUUACUCCAUAGCCUUUUACACACAGAUCCUUCCCUCCGUUUCUCAUCCUCCAGUUGCAUUGCAGUAGAUCAGGAGUCCAGGAAGAGGAUGUCCUCUAAGCCUCUAAAUUAGCACACUGUGAUAUAAGUUAACCUGUAGCGCAGAAGGAGCUGAAUAUUGCUUCAACAAUUAAAGUUUAUGGAAUCGUGUAGUGUUACUGCCUCGUCUCUUUUGGCUUUUAACAUGUGUUUUGUUUCCUUUGGCUAUUUGGGGCCAAUUCUCUCAUAUUUGAUUUGAUUUGUACCUCGUUCCCUGCAGGGCACCAAAGGCCUGACUUUUUACUACUGGGGCUUGUUUGAUGGGCAUGCUGGAAGCGGAGCUGCAGUCAUGGCAUCCAAGCUGCUUCACUUCCAAAUCCGUGACCAACUCCGAGACUUGGUGGACAUCUUGCAAGACUCAUCCCUUCCUCCAAUCUGCCUGGAAGAUGGUCCCAGGACAGUUCUAGGAGAACCAAACAGGGUUCCUCUGGCUGAGGAAGAUGCUGAGGUCCCAAACAAUGCCCUGCCACGCUUCCAUAUGGAAAAGGCCGUUUCCCAUGAGAGUUUGGUGGUGGGAGCUAUUGAGAAUGCAUUCAAGCAGAUGGUGAGUGUGCUAGGAAAAAACGGGGGGUAUGCUGGAGAAGAAGGUCUGAUUCAAUGCUAUAAAAACAUUUAAAAAGAUUUUACUGGCCAGAAGUGGAGUGCAAUAGAUAGAAAACUGAGUUUGCACAUGGGAGAUUCCAGGUAAAGAAUUCUGUUUGACCUUGAAACUGACCGAGUGACCUUGGGUGAAUUAUUCACUCCCGAAUUUUCGUAAAUCUCAGAUUUAAAUGAGAAAAGUAUAGCUCUGAUACCCAGCUGGAAUCAUUUGAGGUCACAAAUGAAAGAAACCUAAAUUAAUUGUUUUGUGUGGUGUUUUUUUUUUAAAAAAAACCAUUUUCGAUGACACCACACAGUGAUAGACAUGGCAUAAAGUGCAAGCUGGAGACAGGCCUAGGAUCUGGGAUGUGUUCCGUUCCUGCCUGGCUGUCCUCCAUCCAGAAUGUGGAUUCACUUCCUUUUGCAGCCAAGAUGCUGACAGGGCAACCCAUGACUAUUUUGGUCUGACAGGGUAUUUGCUUACCCAGCUUUCAGAUCAUGAGUCUGCUCUGCUUGGCUGUUCCUCUGCAGCUCAGCCUUGCAAAGUUCAGGCCCCCAGGCUCCAUUGCUGCAGCACAGGAAGUAACAUAGUCAGAAGCUGCAUACACUAUAAGCAUAUAAUUUUUUAUGGCUUCCCACAUGACAAACUGGGUGUAGGUGUGGGUCCUGAGAAGUCGAAUAGCGAUCCCCAGACCUUCAGUGCACAGAGUAAAUGUGCUGUUGCUACUGUUUCACCUCCACUUUUAAAAUAAGUUAGCAAUAGAAGCAUGUAAAUCUGCACUAUAGAGAUCAUUUGUCCAUCCGUGUUGUCUACACUGUCUGGUAGCAGCUUUCCAGGGUUUCAGAUGUGGUACAUUCCAAGUCCGACCUAGAGACGCCAGGAAUUGAACAUGGGACCUUCAGCAUGAAAAACAGGCAUUCUAUCAAUGAGCUACAGCCCUUUCCCAAAUGCCUUUAAAAAUAUUUACAAGUCUCUCCACCACAUCCCUUUCUACCUUGCUGUAAUAAUUAAUCAUGUAAACACUAUUGUUCCUUUUAAUAGUCAUUGUAAACAAUACCUGCAGGAUAGCUCAGUUGGUAGAGUAUCAGACUCCUAAUCUUAGGGUUGUGGGUUCAAGCCCAGUGUAGGGUAAAAGGAUUCCUGCAUUGCAGGAGAUCAGACUAGAUGACUCUUGUGGUCCCUUACAAUGCUACAGCUCUUUGAUUCUAAUAACAAGGAAGUGAAUAGCCCUACUGAACUGAGUGUGUGUGUGUUAUCCCUGAUCCUAUCUUGGAGAAGUGCCCAGUGCAUUCUGGGAUUGAUGUGUGGGCAGAAACUUCCUCAACAAUGCUCACACACCACGAUAUUGUCACCUUGUGAUGAGAGCCACCACACAUAAACAAAUUACAUCACUGGAACAGCACACAGUCCUUUGCAAGAUUGCAUAUUAAAGCCAGGCAAACUCAGAUAAGGGAGCUGCUUCAGGAGAGGAUGGAUGCACUGUUGCUGAAAAGCAAAUAUGUUCUGCCGGAUUCCUAACUGCCGGUAACCUAGGGAGCAAAGGGAAGGGAAGCUUCUACAGGUUUUUGUUGGGGUCAUGGAGAAGGAGGAGGAGGACAGGUUUAACCCUCCCUCUUAAAGUAUUGUAGUCCCAAUCUCAUUCCUUUUCCUUUCUGCAGCAGCUUUUUUUUUUAAUGCAUGUUAAUUAUUUGCAUGCAAUUAAAAUCCUCCUAGCUUGGUCUAAAUUGGAAGAGGAAGGGAAGGACUAAAGGUCUAAAACAGAUUAGGAAAAAUAGGCAUUGAUUGCCUUUAAAAGCAGAUUAGGAGUUGAUGUGGUUCCAUUAGUAAAAUAAGGAAGGAGUCUGAGGGUUCUGCUGUUCUUCUUGACCCAAGAGGAAACCAAAUGCUGUGAAGCCAAUUUCAGAGAUUUAGUAAGUUUAAAAGAUAACCUCAAGUGAGUAGAUCCAUACACCAGAGUAUAGAAACAUCAAUAUUAUCAUGUCAUGUAUGUAUUUAUCUGCAAAUGCAUCCCCAUUCCUACCUAAGUGGAGAUUGGAAAAAUGUCUGCAUUUUUUAAAGGGAAAUGCUUCAAUUUAUACACGCCCUUUAGAACAGAAGCAAUACAUGUCUAUUUUGUUCUUGACUGAGGUAUAUGCGCUUCCCAAGAAACAUGUUGGAAGUGCGGGUACCUAUGUGGGAAGCUAUUUGCAAGAGCGACAAAGUGGUGAGUGGGUAAAGAAUGAAUCACUCUCUGCUCCUGAUUGCUGCUUCCCCCACAUGGCUUUCCACAUCUUAAAACAGAUCAUUGGGCUUCCUACCACUGCAUGCAUUUACACCUUGUGUAACAUUCGGGCCCAAUUGCAAAAAAUCUUGUACGGAGCAGCUUGUAUUGGCAGGGCACUGGGAGCUACCAGAGCUUUAAUGUUAAACCAUUGAGGCAGCUUGGGUGACUGCUGUAAAAGAUAACCCUAAUUCAGGGAUGGAGGACCUGUGCUUGGGUUUUGUUGUUGGACCACAUCAGCAUGAGCUGCCAUGGACCAGUGGCCAAGGCCAGUGGGAUUUUGGAGUCCAACAACAUCUGGAGAGCCAAAGGUUUCCCCAUCCCUGUCCACCUUGAUGCAUGUGUGUGCUUCCUGUCUUGUUGCGCUGCACCUCUCUUCAGAGAGCUGCCUUCCACAAGUGAGUCUUUUCUUCUGUCUCCCCAGGACAUUCAGAUCGAGCAGGAACGGGUGGCUCGGCAUGCAUCAGGAGGCUGCUGCGCCCUGGCUGCGGUUUAUUUCCUGGGGAAGUUCUACGUGGCCAAUGCAGGUGACAGUAGGUAGGAGAGAGACGAGGGCGGGAAAGGCUACUCUGCUGCUUGCUGGGUCAUGGCAGCCCAAGCCAGGUGAAGGAUAAGAUUCCUUGAUAGCCUAGUGGAAAUGAACUGAAGUCUUUCCCAGUCAUAGUUGCCCGUUGGUCACGGAAUGGAAUGCCCUCAUGUAAGCAAGUGAGCUUGGAAAGGUCAUAUGAGAGCCCAGGAGAAAUACGUCUUUCAGGAGUGUUAGAGAGGAAGCCACUUACCCACCAAAGUCUAUCUAGAAAUAUGCGCCCCUCCAUGUGCUUGCCUACGCCCUAUGGUGGAGGCAGUAAACCACCAGGGAGGUAUACAUAGGGUGACACUAGGAAAGGAAUAAUAUUCCCUGGCCUUUACGUAGUCAUUAUCUGAGUUACCGAACCACUUUGAUGCCAAAAGGUGUUUGUACAAACCCCCACCAAGCGCCUGCAUUUUUCAAAAAAGAUAAUUUUGUUUUUCAAAAACGUAGCUUUUUAAAAAUCAUAUAUUGCCUGGCUGCUCCCAUUAGUACCCAGCUGCUGACACUGUGAGGCCAAAGGUCCCAUUUGGACCAGCCCAUAUCAUUUAAAAUAAAUAAAUAAAUAAAAAGAUUGGCCACACCAACUUUUACACUUUGAGCACACCCAUUUUCACAAGUUGCUCUUGAAAGAUGGACCGUGAGUCAAUGAAGCCUUAGACUGGAAAAGGCUGUUCAUCCUUUCUAUACAUAAUGGAGGUGGGAGAACAAAAUUGGGACUGCCAGCCCUGCUUGUGCUCUGUGUUUUCAGCAGGUAUAAUAGCAUUAGGUGUAGGGCUAACAAGUGUUUCCCCAUUUUCCUCCCCACACAUGCAGGCUUUACUGUACAAGGGGAAGGGGGGAAGGGGUGCUGUGUCUCAGGCAUGGAAAAAUCAAUGUUUGUUGAUGCAUUCCAAAAAAAAUGUUUUUACUGCUUGUCUCUUUACCUUGGCCUUGCAGCAGUAAUUUUAAAAUAAAUCUCUCUUUGAUAAUCAGGACAUUCAUCUAGUACGAAUGCCAAAUAUGAAAACAGCUAUAUUUCAAUGAGUAACUGUUUUCUUUAUUUUUAACCCAAACUCUUUAGUAAACGUUGAAAACAAAUGAAAGUAUUUUGAGAGUACCAGCAUCUGACUGAUUGUUGAAAUCCUGCUCAAAAUGCCCUUCUUUCACCUUUUGGUUGCUGACACCCUUGUAUCUCAGGUCUUAUUGAUUUUAGCAUGCAAAGAGGGAAAGACAAUAUUAGAGGAGUCACCUCUCCCCAUCCCCCCCUUUAAGGCCAUGCUGUACCUUUUUUGCAUUUUCUGAGUCUUUUUAUAGUCUCCUUUCAAUCCUAAUCAGUAUGAGGAAUAGGCUUUAGUGUGCAACAACCAUUCUGUUAUGUAGAUUCCAUCCUGAUGAAUGUGGGUGUGUUUUGAAACUGUUUUUGUCAACUUGUGGUCACUUUGGUAGGAAAUUAGGUUAAAGAACAGGAAAUCAGGAGGUUUGCUGAUGGUACCUAUAAACUGCAAGGAAGCCAUUCUCAAAGUCAUAACCAGCUUGGGUGUGUGUGUGUGUGUGUGUGUGUGUGAUCAGCGAGAUCUUGUAUUGUAAUCCAAGUGUGGAGAUGUCUGGGUAUAUCUAUGUUACAAACUUUCAUUGGCAGUAUACCAGUUUAAUAGAAUCCUGGGAACGCAGUUUGGAGAAGGUUGUGAUGAUUCUCCAAUAGAGAUUCUUAGCUCUUCUUCCUUACUGAACUGUAGUUUAGGGAGAAUAGCCCCCAUCAUUCACAGGAAAAGGGCUCCAUGAGUAGAAUAGGCAGUGAGGCUGCAUUUGUGGCCCUACUCCCAACACUGUGAGUAUUCCUGGAACCAGCCCCAACAUCUAGGCACUGGUGGGAAUGUCUGAAGAGGAGGAGCCAAUGCACAUAGAGGUCCAUCUACACAGGCUUCCACAUGAUCUGGAACCACAAUUGUGUAGCACCCCCAAUUUCAUGGAAGCCAAUGUGCACACAUUUUCCCUUUCAGGAACAUGGCAAGGAUACCAUACAACAUUGGGGCAGGGACAACAGUAGAUAAUACAUAAAGUAGGCUAAGGAAUAGUUGCUAGGCCACUUUUAGACUAUAGAGCAGUGUAGAUGUCUCCAGUUAAUCCAUAGUUGAUACAGUGUCCAUGGUUACAAUUGCUGUUAGUGGUUCAUUUCUAAACUUGGAAUACCAUUACUUUCUUGGUGUGCCAUCUUUGACUUUUUUCUCAUCAAAUGUCUUUUUGUUGCCUUAAGAACCUUUGGAAUAUAGAUGAAUGAAAGUGAAACAAGGAUGCCAAUUAGGGCAAGGGCUCCCAAACAAGGGGAAAUGAUUGCAGGUUGUUGUUGUUGUUGUUGUUGAGUUGGCAAGUAUUGGUUUUGUUUUCCCCACUGAGUCUUCUGCUUGUUCUGUUUCUCAUUCUGAUUUCUCUGUCAGCCUUCUUUGUGGUUUUGCAUGAAAAACAGAGAUGCUACCCCCUGCUCUGUGCAUGUUCAAAAAAACCCAAGCAGGAAACAAUGAAUGGAUAAAAAGAUAGGAAGGGCAAAUUUGUGGGUAAUGUGUCUGUGGCACAUCCUCUCUAUCACUGUUGCAGACAAAUGCAAGUUUUUCAUCAAACCAGAAUAAUUAUUUAAAUAUGUCAUAGUCCAUUCUUUAGUGGAACAGAACCGGGAUCCUGAUGCAAGACUUAGACAAAAUUAGAACUGCCACUUCCAGCAAACCUGGAGGCUUUGGGAGUUAAGCACAGUUGUUGCCUACCAUUGCAGUUCAGUUGAAUUUUGUGUCUUCUUUUGUUCAUAAAACCUUUUUUGUUUGAAAACAGCAGCACUUCUCUUGCUCAAUCUCAGUAUGUUAGCAAUCAGUAGUGUUGGCUGGAGUGUGAAUUGUGCAUAUUCAAAUUUAUUUAUUGAGCACUUGGUAUCUUAGCGUUUUCUUGAUGGUUACCCAUUAUGUUGGCCAUGCUUCUCUUCUCAUGAUCACCCUCCAUUCUUUCUGCUCUGUUUUCUAGAUUGAUUUUUCCUAAUGCUCUGCUUCCUUUCAUCCCAACAGUCCAAUGUCCCACUGUUCAGGGCCAGCCCACCCAUGAGACAAGGUGAGGCAACCACCUUGGGCAGCAGGAUCCACAGGGGCAGUGGGCCUUGGAAGGCUAAAUCAGCCAGGAUGCCCCGCCAGGAACCUGCUGGACUUAGGCUAUCAUGCCAAGAACAUCCCAGGCCUUCCAGUCAACCGGGGACUUCGGCCCCGGACUACAGACAAGCUCUGCAGAGCCUGCUGAUCGGAGUUGUACUCCAAAAUAUCUGGAAGGCAUCAGGUUCGGGAAGGCUCUAAUCCAUUUUACAGAGAGGUUUUUUUGAAGUGGGAGACGAAUCUCAAAUACCUGUGCCUGCAACUUCCCGUACAGAUAGAGAAUUACUGGUACUGGGCUGAAAUGUGACACUUGUGUUCAGAUCUCUUCUCCAUGGACCUCACUUGUGUAAGACAAGGCCUCUAGAUUUAACCUUCCUUACGAAACGAGGAUCUACAGUAAUCCUUAGAACACAGCAGGAAUGAAUUCUGCCUAUUUAGAUUGAAAGGGGUGCAGCAAGCUAGAGGAUUCUCUCCUCCAAUUGUGGUAGCGCAAUUGACAGGAGGCUAUCAGGGAGACUUUGACUGAUAGGUCUCUGAGCUCCGUGAUGCAAUUGCAAGUGCCUCAUAAGAUGGCAUUUUGGGAAGAGGAAUCUGUGGGAGAGGGAGCCUCUUUAGGCUACUUAAUGUGUGACAAUGCAUUGCAUUUAUCAACUGCCUAGACCAUUUCUCGUACCACACUUCAUGCUUAUUUUUCUCCCCUAACCACCUGCACAGUAAUCACCUUUCUAUAUAGAAAAUAAGCAUACGCAAAGUGGACCUUAGCUAACACUGCUGCUUCUCUUUGCCCGCGGAUGUCCUUUCUGCUUUCCCUUCCUAUACUGUCUCUUUCUCUCACAUGCUUUCUAAUGUCCUCAUUCCAUGUUUCAUUGCAGGGCCAUUAUCAUCCGUAAUGGGGAAAUCAUUCCAAUGUCCAGGGAGUUUACUCCAGAGACAGAGAGGCAAAGGCUGCAGUUUUUAGUAAGAAUUAACUUUUUUUCCCCCUAUCUGAUUUAUUUUAACCCACUGCCCAACACUCAACCAAACCCAUCCAGGAAUAAACGUGAGAAGGUGUUUCAGUACGAACAAUGUCUUCAAGUGCCCCUAAUAGCUCACCAAUAAAUGCAUGUCUAAACCUACAUAAUUAGACAUAUGUACAUGUACAGCCCAACAAACCUCAAAAUACUGUUUUGUAGUAACUGAAAAUACUACUUUUGUAGUACAAAAUUAUAAAUGGAAAUUUAAUUUGAAAAACAGAAUAGCAAAACAUCAUCCACUCAGGAACCAGUUCUGAUAAUGGAAGCUGCACUGCAGUUAUUGAUGGAGGCGGGUAUUAAUUACCCUGCCUUGUGCUGAAUAUUCAGAACUCCAGUGCUUGGAGGUCAAAGACAUUAAAAAUAGUGCUAAAAAUGCUAAUAGUGAGGUCAUAAUGCUGCUCAGGCUUCCCUGUGGCUGCUGUUUUACUAAUGUGUGUGUGAAUUGCAUUUAUUUAACUAACGUCAUGCCUAGUUUGGUCCAGAGGCUCUGGUGGUGCUGGGCUCCUGCCUUUCUGCUUCCAAAAUGCUCUUGAGCACUGCGCAAUAAAAAGUACCGUAUUUUUCGCUCUAUAAGAUGCACUAUUUCCCUCCUAAAAAGUAAGGGGAAAUGUGUGUGUGUCUUCUAGAGUGAAUGCAGGCUGCACGGCUAUCCCAGAAGCCAGAACAGCGAGAGGAAUCACCGCGCAGCACUCCCUCUUGCUGUUCUAGCUUCUGGCUCAGCCCCUCUGUCCCUUCCCCCACCUCCUGCAAAAGCCCCCAAGAGGAGGGAGAAAAGCCUGCAAGCGCCGUACACACACUCCACGCGGCUCAUGAAAGGGAGCUCUGAGCAGAGCCUGGGAUGCAUACAGGCUCUGCUCAGCACUCCCUUUAAAGAAUAUUUUCUUUCUUGCAUUUCCCCUCUAAAAACUAGGUGCGUCUUAUGGAGUGAAAAAUAUGGUAAUAUAGUCCCUGCUCACUUCCACCCUUUCACUUUGCUCCCCCUGCUGAUUCUAGAGUCAGGCUUGCAAGGUAAGGUUCAGACACACACACACACACACACACACACACACACACACACAGCUCUUUUCCCUAGAAGAGGAAGGAGCUGCCAGGGUUUUGUUAAAAUUAUUUGCAUAUUGCAUGAGUUUUGCCCUAAGGCAGAGGAGGGGAAAGAAUCCCUGGGAAGCACAGUGAGAGUGUCCAAAAUGCAAGCAAGUAAGCAGAGGUGCUGCUGGCAAUGCUUCCUGGCUCAGAGUGGACGUCCUUGGCAAGACACCAGGUGGAAUCUUAUCUGCUGUUCUAUAUCCAAACAGCUUCCAUGUCUUGGAAGGGAGGAAAUUGCACCGAGUAAUGGAUCCUCUUCACUGGCUGCGAUAAAGAAACUGAGCACUCAGAAAACCAAUCUUACACUUCCCCCGUGGGCUUGAGCCGUUUGCUUUGAGCCAAAGCCCUUUUAUAGCUUAAGCCCUUUUCUGUAAGUAGUGCCAGAGCAACGAUCCUUUACACUCUGCCACUGUGAUCUGAAAUGCCCCACUUAAAUCAUUGCAAGAGGGAAACCUGAUGUAUAUAAUAUUCUGUAGUUUUGCUUUUGUACCAUAAAAAAUAGAAUUUGUUCUGCCCAUUUCCUCUUUUCUCUGGAUUAGUUACACUCAAAAUACACAAGGGGGUGAGUAAAGGGAGAUUCACUGCAUAAUUUGCUGCCCGUUUGAGUCCUGGGCCCCAUUCUUGCGAGGUUUACCAGGUAUGCUGAAUGUAGAUACUGCCUUCUGAGCUUUUGUUGCUGGCUCUUUGGCUGAGGGUUUGCUUGUUGAGUAAUGGCCUCUUUUCAAAGACGUUGGCAAGUCAUGGAAAUCACAGAGCCAGCUCUGAAAAUUAAACCCUGAUUAGGGCAGCAGUGCCAGGAGGACAAAGAAAGCCCUUUUUCUUUGCAGGAUGAAAAGGCAACCAAUCUCAAAGCCACCUUUAAUUUUCUCUGAGUGUAUGUGUGGAAGAGAAUGAAUUGCUGUAGCAGGAGCAUCUAACCUGUAUCAAAAUGGGAUUCUGACAUCUCCAGACAUAGCAUAGCAUAGGAUUCAGUCUGUAUAGGAUUUAGUCUAUCAGGUUUCCCCCCGUUUGCACAGAAAUAGGAUAGAUUGUCUAGGGUAAUGGAAAAUUAUUGCCUGUUCAGCUAAACUUUGGUGCUUGCACACUCACUGAGAUUGGUGCAUUAGCCUCCCUUAAUUAUCUCUUAAAUAAUUUCAGCUUGUUUUCACUUUUGGAUGUUUUUUGUGCCUGGAAGCUUUUUCUGCACGAGACUCAGUCUUGUUAAUUCAUGCUUCAUCUAGCAAUUAGGUAGCUGCUUGAUAAAACCACUUCAACCAAAUCCUUUGCAAGUCACAGAGGCCUAGAUGCUCUCUGCUGAGUGGUUUUUUAUUAACCAAAUGUGACUUUAUAAGGUUUUUCAAAACAUUUGUGGCUUGGGGGAGAUCAUUGUUAAUUCUGCCAUGAGCAGAAGAUGCAAAUGUGCCCUCAAGAGUCAACUGUAGUACUGAAAAGAAAGUUUUGGCUCCAAACAAGAUGAGAUAUUAAUCAAGACUGGGCCUUGUGUUUUUUUCUUUAUUGUAUAAUAGCUGCAGGGGUGGGGAUGCAGAUAUGAUAUGUUGGGCAGAGUGGGGAUUUAACCCAUGGUCCUGAUCUAGAUUGCCUGUCCCUCGGAGCUGCUAUUUGCUCAAGCAGUAAAAUUGUCACUAUUGCCAAUUUCUAGGGCAAAUAAUUAAGCUGCUUAAAAUUGUGGCUGAUCUUUCAACGUGGCAGCACCUACACUUUUGAACUCCUUGCCUAUUGACCCUCACAAUACUGUUUUAGAUGCCUUCCAAUAACUUUUUCAUCUCAACAAGCCAUCAUUCCUGACCACUGGUCCUGUUAGCUAGCGGUGAUGGGAAUUGUAGUCCCAAAACAUCUGGAGGGCCGAGUUUGCCUAUGCCUGUCCUAGAUGCUCCAUCUGUGUGUGAGAGCAAGGAUGGAUAGGUGUGUGUUGGGCAGGGGGGUGGCAGGUUCUGCACUUUCAAAUGUUCCCCAAAUCACCUUCUUUGUAAGUGUAAGAGAUACAAACAUACAAACAUAUAUCUGAAGGAAAGCAUGUGGAACAAAUCAUAGAAGAGUUUGUGAAUGCUCAGUGCGCCCCCAUGAGGGUUUUUUGAGAUCUGGGACUUAAAGAUUUGUGUUGUUUGGGUGGAGAAGAUCCAGGCAGUGCUCAUCACUAAACUUGCUCUUCCUUUCCUCUUCCAGGGCUUUUUGAGACCUGAGCUGCUGGGGAAUGAGUUCACUCACCUGGAGUUCCCUCGAAGAAUCCAGCAUAAGGAAGUGGGGAAAAAGAUGCUGUACAGGGACCAAAACAUGAAUGGCUGGUAACUCUUUUCAUCUGAUCUAGAUUACACUGAUUGCCAGAAUCAAUCAGAAAUGCAAGACGAAGGAACUCGGUGUUCUAGUGACAGCUAGUUACAUCACCACUGCCCUACUCAGCUGGACUAGAAAAGUCUCUACCUCUCCCUUUUUUCUUUUUGUCGUGUUACUAAAGCUGGAGACCGACGAUGAAGGCUUUUUUAAAAAGGGGAGUUUAUUUUGGUAUUAUAGAGGAGUAUGAUGUGCACACAUAUGGCUAUUGCUUCUACUAAAGAGUUUCUGCAGAUUUUUGUAUGGCUUAAGUAAUCCUGCUUGUUCAAAGAUAACAGUGGGAGAAAAGCAUAUAUUUUGUGGGUGUUUGUGAAAAUCCAUGCCUGUACACUCAGGGAAAUUACCUAAGUGAAAUGGUUCUGACCUGAGUUUGUUGCUUGCUUGCUUGGCAUUGGGAUGAGGAUAUUCAGUUGUGCUUUUCACAGCAGCCAGAGCUCAGUGGUAGAGCAUAUGCUUUGCAUGCAAAAGGUCCCAGUAUCAAUCCCCAACAUCGCCUGGUAGGGCUGAGACAGUCUGUUGUCCGAAAACCUGUAGAGCUGUUGCCACGCAAUAGCAACAGUACUGAGCUUGAUGGAUUGGUGGUCUUACUUGGGCAGCUUCCUAUUCUAACUUUCAUCUGCACUGCAACACAUUUUGUGUGAUUUCUUUUUCUAACCAGGGCAUAUAAAAGGAUAGAAGAAGAUGACCUGAAGUUUCCACUUGUUUACGGAGAGGGUAAAAAGGUGAGACACUGAGCACAUUUGAAAAUCAUUGGAGAAGUGGAGAGAAUUUUCAUUAAACAAGGGCAUGAGGAUUUGGAGUAGACCUAAUAAUAUAGGUUGAGGUAUACGAUAUUGGUGUCAGAAGCACACUUUGGCUUUGACAGAGACGGCUCAUUGGUAAGUCUGCACUGAGCAAUUUUUGUAUGAUACCUCCUGCUUGUUCCCCCACUCCAUAGGACACAAUGUAUGUUAUGUUUAAAAAAUUUAAACCAUCUUUCAUUCUGAUGGGUUCUAGGGUGAUACACAGCAAUACAAUACAAUGUAAUGCAGUGCCCUAUAAAAUAAGAUAAAGAAUAAAAACACUUCAUACAGCAGAACUCCCAGAAGUGCAAGCUGGAUUUCAAAGGGACAGAGGAACCAGAGACCAAAUUGCAAACAUGUGCUGGAUUAUGGAGAAAGCUAGAGAGUUCCAGAAAGACAUCUACUUCUGCUUCAUUGACUAUGCAAAAGCCUUUGACUGUGUCGACCACAGCAAACUAUGGCAAGUUCUUAAAGAAAUGGGAGUGCCUGAUCACCUCAUCUGUCUCCUGAGAAAUCUCUAUGUGGGACAAGAAGCUACAGUUAGAACUAGAUAUGGAACAACUAGUUGGUUCAAAAUUGGGAAAGGAGUACAGCAAGGCUGUAUAUUGUCUCCCUGCUUAUUUAACUUAUAUGCAGAAUUCAUCAUGCGAAAGGCUGGGCUGGAUGAAUCCCAAGCUGGAAUUAAGAUUGCUGGAAGAAAUAUCAACAACCUCAGAUAUGCAGAUGACACAACCUUGAUGGCAGAAAGUGAGGAGGAAUUAAAGAACCUUUUAAUGAGGGUGAAAGAGGAGAGCGCAAAAUAUGGUCUGAAGCUCAACAUCAAAAAAACGAAGAUCAUGGUCAUGGUCAUGGUCCCAUCACCUCCUGGCCAAUAGAAGGGGAAGAAAUGGAGGCAGUGAGAGAUUUUACUUUCUUGGGCUCCAUGAUCGCUGCAGAUGGUGACAACAGUCACGAAAUUAAAAGACACCUGCUCCUUGAGAGAAAGGCGAAGGCAAACCUAGACAGCAUUUUAAAAAGCAGAGACAUCACCUUGCCAACAAAGGUCCGUAUAGUUAAAGCCAUGGUUUUCCCAGUAGUGAUGUAUGGAAGUGAGAGCUGGACCAUAAAGAAGGCUGAUCUUGAGAGUCCCAUGGACUGCAAGAAGAUCAAAUGUAUCCAUUCUUAAGGAAAUCAGCCCUGAGUGCUCACUGGAAGGACAGAUCCUGAAGCUGAGACUCCAAUACUUUGGCCACCUCAUGAGAAGAGAAGACUCCCUGGAAAAGACCCUGAUGUUGGGAAAGAUUGAGGGCACAAGGAGAAGGGGACGACAGAGGAUGAGAUGGUUGGAUGGUGUUCUCGAAGCUACAAACAUGAGUCUGACCAAACUGCGGGAGGCAGUGGAAGACAGGAGUGCCUGGCGUGCUCUGGUCCAUGGGGUCACAAAGAGUCGGACACGACUAAACGACUAAACAACAACAACAACAACAACAACACAACACUAAAAACAGGAUGACAACACAUAAUAAAACUAGAAAGCGAACAAAGCCCAUAAAAUCAAUUUAAAACAAGGAAAGAAAAAUGUAUAGUUCAUCAAUUGAUGGCACCCAGGGAAAGGCUUCAUCUGUAGAUCUUAAUGCAUAGCCAGGCUGGUAUGGGAGGAGGCAUGUGGCAUGCUCAAAAAUUGAGACAUCUCUUUUAUUUGAGAUCUGUAUUCUACUUUAUGGCUGACUGCCUCUGAUCCUUCUUUCCAUACUUAUGAACCUGGGACCUUCUGCAUGCAAGGCAAGCCCAGAGUGCUAGGAGCCUAUCCAAGUUGCACAGAUGCUCAUUAUGUUGCUAUCCUAUUAAGAGACUCCACCCUUACUUUCCUCCUAGGCUCGAAUGAUGGCAACUAUUGGGGUGACACGGGGUUUGGGUGAUCAUGAUCUCAAGGUGUACAGCUCCAACAUCCACAUCAAACCUUUCCUGUCCUGCACCCCAGAGGUGAGUUCAUCAGAGCUAAGAUUCUACUUCCUGGAAUUACAGCUGCUCAGUAACAGCAUAUUUUUAUUUUUCAUCAAAUAUUCCAAAACUCAAAGUUGUUGGGGGGGGGGGGUUGGGUUCCUGAAGCUUUUUGAUCACCCUUAGCUCUCCAAACCAGGUUUGGCUGCAGGCAAGAUGCUUUCUUCUGUCACACUCCAUUCUGAUUUGCAGGAUUCUCUCUCUCUCUCUCUCUCUCUCUCUCUCUCUCUCUCUCUCACACACACACACACACACACACACACACACACUCCACUCAUGUGUCCAGCCUGUACAACACACACACAUCCACACAGGUGGUGCUUCUAAUUCAGGCUUGAGCGUUUGGACUGGGGUCUUGUCCACCACCAUCAACAAAUCUAUACAAUAGUCCCUUUAGGACACUGGAGGGAGGGCUCACAAAGGAUCAGAUUCUGAGGCAGAAUAAUUCUGGGGCUUUUGCAUGUGUGUGAGAGAGAGAGUGAGUGAGAGAGAGCAUUAUAGAAAGGUUUGAAACAGUGGGUAAGAUUGGUGUAGCUGCAGAAGACAAGAGCUAGGCUUCAAGACAACAACAAUUUAUUUAUAUGCUGCCCAUCUGACUGGGUUGCCCCGGCAACUCUGGGUGGCUUUCAACAAAUAAAAACAUCAAACAUAAUAAAACAUCAAACAUUUAAAACUUCUCUAUACAGGACUGCCUUAAGAUGUCUUCUAAAAGCCAGAUAGUUGUUUAUUUCCUUGAUAUCUGAUGGGAGGGUGUUCCACAGGGUGGGCAGCACUACCAAGAAGGCCCUUUGCUUGGUUCCCUGUAACUUCACUUCUCACAGUGAGGGAACCACCAGAAGACCCUCAGUGCUGGACCUCAGUGUCCAGGAUAAUUCUACUGGGUAGCUAUAGUGCUGCUGUUCCAAGAUUCCUGUGCACGCUUAUGAAUGGGGUGUCUAAGCACAAAAUUUUUCCUCACCUCUGGGGAGUGACAGGACUCAGAAAGUGCUUCUCCUUGAGGAAAAGCAUUUGCAGAGCCUUGCCACCAGAGCAGUGAGGCUGCAUCCCUUACGUUUUUCCGCAGGUUCGCGUUUAUGACCUCACACAGUAUGAGCACUGCCCUGACGAUGUGCUGGUGCUGGGCACAGAUGGCCUCUGGGAUGUCACCAAUGACCGAGAGGUUGCCAAUGUGGUAUUUGAUGUCCUAAUGGGCUAUGAGCCCAAUGAUCCUUGCAGGUGAGUGGGGCAAGGUUUUGCACCUGUGUGCUGAGGAAUACUUACACCAGAGUGGUUGAGCAGACACUUUAUUUCCUAAGGUUCUGGGGUCCAUUGUUUGCUCUCAGUCUGGGGUUGGUUUAUUCCCUUACCUCUUUUCUAUUCUGGGACAUGAAUCCUUUUUGUUUCUCUUACCUUCAAGUCCCCUGGUGGUGUUAGGUCUUAGGGGCAAAGUACGUGUUUGUUGUUCAUGUGUGUCUGUGUAAUGAAGCACCAAUUUCUUGGAAAUUAAAAGCAGCCUUAAGAGGUUGCAAUUUUGAGUAGUAGGUGUGGGGAGAAGGAGGGGUUUCUUAACCUUUUAAACUGGCAGCUGUUUUUCCAUUCAAAAUCCCAUUUUUUCUGUUAGAGGUUCCUGCCCACUCUCUUGCUCAAAAUUUCAGCUUCCCAAAUUUGCUUUUUUUAAAAAAAAAAAAGUUGGAACUUCAUUACAUACAUUUGAAUAUAAUCAACCAACCGUUUGCACUUUACUGUUUUUAAACAUGGGUGGGGAACCUUAUAUCCCCACCUACUGCCAGGCCAGAUUUGAAAGGUGAGUGAGAGUAAAUGAAUGACGGGCCUACAAUUUCCUAAUUAGUUGCACAGGGAAUGAAGUGGGAUGAGAUCAUUAUUGUGAACACCAUUCACACUUAAAAUAAGUACUUUUUAUUAAAAAAAAACUGUACUCUACCACGUCUCUUGCAUUAUGGGUGUGCAUUCUGAUGGGCUGGUUCUGUUUCCCAGGUACACAAUGGUGGCCCAGGAGUUGGUGGUGAGGUCCAGAGGGGUUCUGAAGGAACGUGGCUGGAGGCUGGCCAAUGACAAGCUGGGCUCUGGAGAUGAUAUAUCUGUCUUUGUUAUUCCCCUUGGUGGUCCAGGAAACUACACCUGAACCUCAGGUCCCAGGGACACAGGGGUCAUGAUUCUAGACUUUACAAAGAAGAAGAAAAGCCGAGGGAAAGAACCACCAUCUUGCAGCAGAACUGGAGGCUGUAGAUUCUCCCUACACCUGGAACAUUCAUAAUGCUGGAGUCUUCCGAAGAGGAUUGGGGGUGGGGGAAUGUAUGACUGCACCUUGGGUCCUUGUCCCACUCUGUCUCAGCUUGCUGGGUUCCAGCUAGGGACACAAAGAGGUAGCCCUGGUCCACGCUUCUGUUAACGGCAAGAAAGUCAAGGUAGAGCCGUUCCUCUCAGGAUUUACACCCAUCGGCCCUGGAGACCUGUAGGAAAUCUUGCAUUCCAAGGGCUGCAUUAAAUUUGAGCUUUUGGUCACAUGGAAAUGUCCUCUAAAUUGGGUAGCGGCACUGGAGUCUCCCUGCAGUGUUAGCCAUUUUGUGUGUUCCUAUUCCGUCUCCCAUGGUUGCAAAGGGGCAGCUGAAUUUUGUCAGAUCCCUAGGACACCUCACCAUCACGACAGUUAUGCCUAAUUGCCUAGAACAUCCCUUCCCUUCCCUUCCCUUCUUGCUAGAGGGAGCACCAAGCAAGUAUGGCUGAUUGGUUUGUUACCAUUCCCCUGGCUUGCCAUAACCACUUGUUGCGUAGUAUGGGGGGAUGCAUCCAUAGGGGUUUCUUACACUAAUCCUGGAUAUUGCUGUACCUCAGCCAAGUUGGUUGGUUCUUCAUGAAUGCAUCUCCAAAUGACAAUGAAGGAAAGGCGCGAAAAUAUUCCUGCUGUAGAAAAUGUCCCUGGGGAAAAUCAGCUGUGCCUCACUUUCACCAGAUGGGGGUGCACUUAGAAGAACAGACAGAAAAAAAUGACUGUGAUGAGACAUCUCUAGUUGGUUUAAACAACUGACCCUUAAAUAACAAGAUACAGAAAUCUACUGCAGCAUAGGGAGUUACCCCAUCCCAGACUUAACCCCAGAGAGGUCACUUUGGAGCUGCAAACGCAGCAGAAACAUAGAAGACAGCAAUUUCUACAAAGGGAAUAACUGUAGAACGGUCUGUACUUCUGGUCUGUUCACCUUCCAUGAAAAGUAAUGUACUUCUUCUUGAGUUGAAGUUCUACCUCUGAAGCCCGAAGCAUUGAGUUCUUUGUUCAAUGAAUAAGAAGCCUUCAAAAUUUGUGAUGGGGAAGAAAUGGAUUCAUUUUUUUUCAUGGAACUGUCGUUUUCCACUUGCUGUGCUGUGCAAAAGCAAGACCAUCUCUGGCCGGGGAACUUGCACCUUAAAUUUGCCCUUGUACUCUAUCUAGCUGUGAGUUAACUGAGUUUUAAGAAGAAAAUAAUUUCAGGCUUCACAAAAAUACCUGCCACCUCUUAAGCGCAGACAAUAUACAGUGGGACUUAUUUCUGAGUAAACACGUGCAGGAUCAUUCUGUUGGGCUGCAGCCCUAUGCACAAUUACUUAGAAGUAAGCCCCUUGGAACUCAGCGGGACUUCUGAGUAAAUGUGCUGUUAUACAGUUUCUAUUAUGUAAAGGCAGAUCCUGGAAGGUUGGAUCUCUUUGUAGAGUGUGGCAUUAGUACCUGAGAAAAGAUUAAAGAACCAACUGAAAAACUGCAGCUAUUAAGUUGCCAUUGUUAAGUAAAAGCUGGCUAAGGCUCUUUCUUGCUGGAAAGCAUUUUGGUAUUUCCUGAUUGUCGUGCUG